AAGGCUAUCCGUCAUCCAAAGCAUCAUCUGCACUCUUUUUGAGAUCUUCGAAUGAUAAAUAUAGGAAAAUUUUCAUAGAGUUAUUAUGGUCCCUUUAAAACAUUGAAAAGGUUUCUGUUCGUUGGGGCACCCGGCCAGGUUCUACGCUUGAAAGGUUCAAGCAGGAGCAGCUCCCAUUUUUUGACUAGUACUAGUAGUAAGCUCUGAAAUUCCAGUAAAAAACACUAAACCCGGCCAGGUCCUACGCUGGAAAGGUUCAUUAGGCGCUUAGAUGGGAUUUGGUAGGUCUUGCAGCUUGAACUUCUGAGCUCUGACUGAGCCCCCAUCAUCUUCUACAAGCAACUCGGUGUAUAUUUGAGGAAUUUCUUGGGAAGCUAGGAGUUCCGUCUAUCCCCGACCAAAAAGAGAGAGUGAGACAAAGAAACAAUUGCAGUGCAUCUCUUCAGCCCGUCUUCAGAAAUGGUGAAAAAGCCAGUAAGAUACUGUGUGGUUGACGCGUUUACCGACUCGGCGUUCAAAGGAAACCCCGCCGCGGUUUGUCUGUUGGAAGAGGAGAGAGACGAGGAGUGGAUGCAAGCUGUUGCAAGGGAAUUUAACAUCUCGCAGACAUGUUUCUUGACUCGGAUUACUGAUACCAGGUCGGAAGGUAAUGAGUUGAACUCGAGAUUCCGUCUCAGAUGGUUCACUCCUGUUGCAGAGGUCAACCUCUGUGGUCAUGCAACUUUAGCAGCUGCACAUGUUAUCUUUACAUCCGGUUUGGUAAAAACCAAUUUAAUUGAGUUCCUCACAUUGUCUGGAAUUCUGACUGCCAAAAAGGUUUAUAAAGUUGGAUUGGAAUUCUCAAAUGGUGAAGAACAAGAGCAUUUCUCUAUUGAAUUGGAUUUCCCUGCAGUUCCAAUCAUUGAAUGUGAUUCCAAAGAGAUCCCAUCAAUUUCUCAAACUCUGAAAGGUGCUUCCAUGAUCAACGUAAUGAAGACAGCUACCACUGGUGACCUCAUUGUUGAGCUUCCGUCAGGAAAGACUGUUGCAGAUUUACAACCACAGUUUGAUGAGAUACAAAAAUGUGCUGGAAGAGGGGUCAUUGUAACAGGACUAGCUCCACAUGGAUCUGGCUUUGAUUUCUUCACUCGCUUCUUUUGUCCAAAAUUGGGUGUAAAUGAGGAUCCUGUUUGUGGAAGUGCACACUGUGCCUUGGCAAUUUACUGGAGCCAAAAGUUGGGAAAAUGUGACCUACUUGCAUACCAUGCAUCUCCAAGGGGUGGAGCACUAGACUUGCAUUUAGAUGAACAAACCCAGAGGGUACUGAUACGAGGCAAAGCUGUUACUGUUAUGGAAGGUUCUCUUUUAGCAUAGUGUGGGAGAAGAUAUCAUCUUGCUUGUAGUUAUCCUAGAGCGUACUCAUACGAGGCAAAGUUACUGUUGUGGAAAGCAAGGUUCAAAAUAUCGAUACGCCCGAUAUGCCCAUACCGGUGUAUCAGGCGAAUCGAUACUCCUUUUGGUGGUUUUUUUUUUUUUCGCCAACUGGUUCAAGGGAGUUGGUUUAGGUCUUCGCCACACCCUGAACCAGUCAGACGACCAAUACACCCACUAUAGGRGAGUAUCGGUGGGGUGCCGGAACGAUACGUAUCGUCCGGUACGUGUUGAUACUUUGAACCUUGGUGGAAAGUUCUACUUACAGAGAUUGGAAGAAGAUUCCAUAGAGGUCGUUACUUGGUGAAAUGGUAAAAUCUCAGCCUGACCAAUGUGAGAACAUGGGUUUGAGUAAUAGCCUUUUAGGGAGAAUUUCCUGUUGCUAGUAGGUUACCAACUAAAGCAUAAUGGAUGUAGUCCCGUAGAAUAUUUCUGUUUACAGUAGUAUAUUUGACUUCUAAAUGUGGUUUUCAUACUUGUAUUGUUAGUGAUCUUCAUUUUAAACAUUGAAUCACAGAUUCCAAAUUUAAGGGUUACAUGCUUUCGUUCGUA